CUUCUAACGUUGAAAUUUCAGAAGAUACAAUGAAAACUCUAUAAUGACGGACAUAUUUUCAUUAGAUAUGGAUGAGUCGAUAGACUUCAUAGUUAAGCACCUUCCGGAGUCGAUCUACACCAGUUUAAAUGUGACCUGGAGUAAGAUCAUGUCCGGGGAACCUGACUCAGAGGUUGUCACAACAGUUUUAAUCUCCCUAAUUAUUCCGGCCGUGAUCAUCCUCAUCAUAUCCUGGAGCCUGGGGACGAAGGUGAAGGAGAAGAUCCCAGAUCAGAUCAAGAACAAGAUCAAUGCAGCGCGAGAUUUCGUGGUUCCCCCCGAGGGUCCAAGGUUCAGGAAAAGAGAUAAAAUUGCCUUCAUUGGACAAAGAAUGGUCAAAAAAGUAAAGGCGGCCGGCAGCUAUAUCCGAGGAGGACAAGGACGGAAAAGAAAGGCUAUUGCCAAGUUUGCUAAACGUUUGCUAGGACAACAGAUAUCUCCUGAAACAGGACAUAAGUUCAAACUUCCCCUACCCUUGGAGUACCUGGAGGAGGACUUCGACGGAGGACACGAGAUUUUACCGCAACAGCUGAAGUUCGUGCUGCAGAACAUGCGAGUUUUCGGUCAUUUUGAGCAACCAAUCUUCCUCGAGAUCGUUAAACAGAUCGAGUAUAUGUCGGUGCCAGCAAACCAAUAUCUAUUCCAGGUUGGAGAUCCAGAUGCCAAUAUAUUUAUCGUUCAGACCGGUCUUCUCAAUGUUUACUCUACUGACCCUGAAGGGAACAAGUCUAGUCUAAAGCAAGUUAAACCCGGGGAUUCUGUGAUGUCUCUUCUCAGUUUUCUAGAUCAUCUCUCCGGACAGUACAAUCCCUACAAGACUGUAUGCGCCAAGGCAAUGGAAGAUACCAAGAUAAUUAAACUUCCAUUUAGUGCGUUUAAGAUUGCGUUUGAAAAGUACCCGGAUGCGUACUUGCGCGUAGUUCAGAUUGUGAUGAUUCGACUUCAACGCGUGACCUUGCUAGCCCUUCAUCAGUAUCUAGGACUAGGUACUGAACUGAUUGCCAGCCAGCACAGGGGGAACAAGAACCUCAAGUAUAGGUUAGAUAGGAUGGACUCUAUCCAGGGAGCAGGAGCAGCAGAUGAGUCAGUAAACCAACCUUCAAUAUUGCAGAUGCAGUUGUCAAAUCAGAAGAAGAGGAAAAGUUCUAUUGAGAAGCGGGAGGAGAUGCUGAUGUUUGCCCUUAAAACCUUCAAGGAGCAGCUAGGACUUGAAUCUGAAGCAAGUUUGGAGGGAAAUGUGGAAAUCAGAGAAAUUCCUGAAGGAUACCGGAUCAUGGAGGAGGAUAGUUUGAAGGAUGCAGCUUUGGUUCUAGUCGUCCAGGGUUGCUUCAUCGUCUCCCAGCAGGGAGAGGACGGAAAGGAGAAGGAGCUCCAUCAUUGUUAUCCUGGAGGACUUCUUGGACAACUCCAGGUGUUAACAGGAGAACCAUCCAUCUUUACAGUGUGUGCUCGUGUGUCAAGUCACGUGGCCUGCUUGUCCCGACAGCUCGUCUUUGAUCUAAUGUCUGCUCAACCGGAUGUUACUCUUCAUCUGGCGAGCAGUGUGACGUCACAUUUAUCUCCUUUUGUUAGAUCUAUAGAUUUUGCUCUGGACUGGAUGCUUAUAGAGUCAGGGAAAGCAAUAUAUCGUCAGGGUGACGAGGCCGAUUGUACAUUCGUCAUUCUCUCCGGCCGUCUCCGGUCUGUCAUAGUUAGGAACGGUCGACGAGAGUUGGCCGGAGAGUUUGGACGAGGAGAACUAUGCGGGAUUAUUGAAACUCUGACAGGAACUCAGAGGUCAACAACUCUCCUUGCAGUCCGUGAUACAGAGGUUGCAAAACUCCCAGCUGGACUGAUUAACUGCAUCAAACUUAGGUUCCCAGUGGUCGUCUCUAGGCUUAUGAGUCUUCUAGGGAAAAGAUUGCUUUCUCUUGAGCAACCUGGUCUCGGACAGGGAGCUAGUGAAUCUGUGGGUAACCCUGGGUUCAGUACCAUUGCUCUUGUUGCUGUAACAGAUAAUAUUCCUCUCUCCGCCAUUACACAUGAGCUUGUUCAUUGUCUAAACAUUAUAGGUCCAGCUAAGAGAAUAUCUCCUGACGUGGUCCGAGCAGCUUUAGGAAGCUCUGCUCUUGAACCUGGGAAUGAUUAUAAGAUGACCGCCUGGUUGGGAGGUCAGGAGGAUCAACACAAGGUUGUAGUUUACCAGGCUGAUUCAGUAGAGAGACUUACACCUUGGACUCAACAGUGUAUUAGGCAUGCUGACUGUAUCCUGAUAGUAGCGUGGGCAGAUUCGAAACCAUCCGUCUCCGGGUUUGAAGAGAAGCUGGAGAAUCUCUCCUUGAGAACCACAAAGGAGCUGGUUCUUCUCCACUCGGAGGAAACAGAACUGCCACAAAAUACAAGCAAAUGGUUGGAAGAAAGAUCCUGGAUCAGCGCUCAUCAUCAUAUUCGUGUUCCAUCCCGUCUUUGUGUUAAACGGUCCGACCGGAGACUUGAAGAGCAGUACCAACAGUUGGCCAUAGAGGGAGUUAAACCUGAUAUUCAUUCUGAUCUGGCGAGAUUAAGCCGGAUACUGACAGGAACUAGUGUAGGACUGGUUUUAGGAGGAGGAGGAGCUAAAGGUUGCUCUCAUGUUGGUAUGAUAAAGGCAAUAUUAGAGGCUGGUAUACCCAUAGAUAGGGUUGCUGGAGUAUCCAUUGGAUCAUUCAUGGGAGCACUCUGGUGCCAGGAGAGGGAUAUCAGCAAGCUCACCAUCAAGGCCAGGAGCUUCUGUAAGAAGAUGGGACAGAAAUGGAGGAUGGCGCUAGACCUCACCUAUCCUUACACCAGUAUGAUGUCAGGGUUCGGGUUUAAUACUCUCCUGGAGGAGGUGUUUACGAAUACUCAGAUAGAAGAUCUCUGGGUUCCGUUCUUUACUAUCACCACAGAUAUUAGUGUCUCUAGUAUGCGGAUUCAUGAGGUUGGAUCAGUUUGGAGAUAUGUCAGAGGUUCAAUGUCUUUAGCAAGUUAUAUGCCCCCAAUGUGUGACCCUGUUGACGGUCAUCAUCUGUUAGACGGAGGAUAUGUUAAUAAUCUACCUGCUGACAUCAUGCACAAGAAGGGAGCUCAUCAUAUCCUGGCUGUAGAUGUUGGAUCACAGGAUGAGACGGAACUACAUAAUUUCGGAGACUGGUUGUCAGGCUGGCAAAUACUCUGGGCUAAACUCAAUCCGUUCUCAACCAUGCCAAAGGUCCCAAGUCAAGCAGAGGUUCAGUUACGCUUGGCGUACGUAUCCUGUGUGCGUCAGCUAGAGGAAGUUAAGAAUGCGUCAUACUGUGAUUAUAUUCGUCCGCCUAUAGACAAGUACGGAACCUUGCAGUUCGAGGCCUUCGAGGAGAUUCGAGAUGUUGGAUACUAUCAUGGACAGACUUAUUUUGCUGGACUGCGUAAAGCUGGUCAACUGGGUUGGGUCAAUUUUGACCGAUCUAAUCGUCGAGGAAGCUUAGAAAACCUUGCUGUAGAUAAACAUGCUCCAGGUCUACCAGGAAACUAUGCAAGGUUUACUGAUCUUGCUGAGAUGGUUUGUCGGGUUCGUCAGACUACUCCAGAUAGACAAAUUGUCCCGUAUUCUGCAGAAUCUGAUCUUUCUGAUAAUUCGGAGACAGAACCUGAUGAUUCGGAUUUUCUAACGGAUCCUGAAAACUGUAUUGAAGAGGAUGAUGAAGAUCUAGAGAGUGGGUUUAUGUCAACAGGAAAUGGAGAUUUUCCUCCACAGAACUACCCAUUGAGUUUGAAGGAUGAGAAUGGAUCCAGAUCUAGAUCUUCUAGUUUUACUAAUAAACCGGGACAUAUAUAGAAUACAGUAUAUUUAUAGUUUUCAUUUAUUGGGAUACCAAAAAUAUGAAAAUAUUCAACUCUUAUAGAUGAUAAUUAAAUAUCUGGCAAAAGCGCCUGUUUCUUUGCAAUCAGAAAUUUUUCUUAUAGAUUUGUAUACAUCUGCGCUAUUUUGUGUGUUUUUGUACUGAAUUUAAAAUAUGCUUUUUUGUUAGUAUCAUAGUUUCAGACAAUAUUUUACAUGUUAUGCUUUUCUUUUUAAAUAGUUUUCUUGAUUAAUUUAUAUUCCUUAAAUCGCUUGGAUUUCUAAAUCUCUUGUUGUUAAGGUAGAAAAUGAGAUUAUUCCAAUACUUCUUGAGUUGAAAACUUUUAAAUGAACAGAAUAAGCUAAACUAAUUAUGUCUGGCAAAUCUUGUUUAAUCAUUGAGAGAGAAAACUUUUGAAUGAGAAAUCCUUAAUCCCGAUCGGUUAAUUAAUCUGGAGGUAAAAUACAGGAGGAGAACAAGCAUUAUUCAAUCUGGAUUUUAAGUAAAAGAGUGGAUCAAGCAUUAAUCCCGAUAUCCACCAUUUAAAAAUUCCCAGCUCAUUUAGGUUUAACUGAUAUUUCAGAUCUGCAUUUUUGGUUAAUCUUUAACCUUUCUUUUAAAGUUACCAAGCAGGGAACUUUGGAAUGGUGGAAUCGAGAUCAAUGCUUGAUCCUCUCUCUUUUAUCUCGAAACUAGCCUAAUCUUGUGUUUGUAUCCUGAAAAGUGUAGAAAUUUCAACCAAUCAGAGUGGUGUAUCAGCAGCCGGGAAAUUUGAAAUUUUGCGCGCCAUUUAAAGAGAGUUCUCGUAUCUAAUUAAGAUUGAUAUACAAUUAUAUAAUUUUUAAAAACCGGUUUUUGAUUUGUCAACUUUUGCCAUAAAGAGUGAAUUAAGCAAGAAACUAAAAGUGUCCACAUUGGAUAUUCAGAUUAAGCGAUUGGGAUUAAAGGUAUCCGAUUCUAAAGUUCCCAGCUCAGUUCAAAUUUUUUUGUCAUUCAUUUUAGGGCUUAAACUUAAAUUAUUUUUCAUCGUAAAAUUCCAUUCAGAAAAUUCCGACUUAAAUAAAAUUUGCUGUGAGAAUGAUGUAAGGCAUUUUCAUGUUAUUUUCUUAUCGUUAACACAAAAUGUUAAAAUAGUUAUUUUCCAGUUUUAAAGGGAUUUCGCAUUUGGACAAAUGUUACGUUUUCUAAAUCACCUCUCUUGCCAUUUUUAAAAGCUACCAGCAUUGAUCGAUUUCAUAAAAUUUACAUUUAACUACUCGGACUAGUUUACGCAGUUUAAACAAGUUGAGAAGAAGUUUAAUAAAAACAGUUCUACUUAUAAAUAUCGAAAUUAGAGUGUUUCCUCAGAGUUUGUAAAAAUAUAAACAUUGUAAUGUAUACUCAAUAAUUGGUUCAAACUAUUCUCUAUCUCUCUCCCCAGUCCUCAAACUAUUGGAAUUUUGCCAAAUAUUGAUGAAUCCGAAGUUGCAUACAUCAAUAUUUGAUUGAACUUAAACCAAUUUAUAAAAUUUUGAAAAGUUUGAAUCAAAAGUACGCCCUAGAACUUAGCUUUAGCAAUAUUUUAUCAUGCUUGAAAUUUUAUUAAUACAAGGUUUAUUUUAACGCUUAAUAUCUGGGUUCUUCAUUCUUCAAGUUUGCUAACUCCACACACUUUCUGGUGUUUAAAUUAUAAUCUAGUAGCCUAGUUCUCCAGGUUCUUUGAAUGCUCUAGUUUGUCCAUAUGCUUCUUGAUCUCUGGAUGCUCCAGGUUCUCUGGAUUUUCUAGAUGCUCUAGGUUCUUUGGAUGCUCUAGGUUUUCCGUAUGUCCCAGGUUCUCUUGAUGCUCCAGGUUCUCUGGAUGUUCUAGGUUCUUAUAGAUUCUCUAGGUUCUUUGGAUGCUCCGGGUUCUUUCUCUGAAUGCUCUAAGUUUUCUUGAUGCUCCAGGUUCUCUGAAUGCCCUAGGUUCUCUGUAGCUCCAGUUUCACUGGAUGCUCUCGAUUCUUUGUAUGCUCGAGGUUCUCUGGAUUCUCCAGGGUCUUUGGAUGCUUUAGGUUUUAAUAUGCUUUAUGCUCUCUAUAUUCUUCAAUUUCAUCCGGGUUCACUACUGCACCGGGUUUUAAAGAUUAGAUAUAGUUAAUGAGUUCCCUUCGCCAAAUUGUGUUCUAAACAUUUAGUCAAGAACUCAUCCAUCUUAUAAAGAAUGCCAUUUUCAAUCCAUUUUAUACAAAUAUGUAAAUAUGUGUUCAUGCUUUCAGGUCAUACAGAGUGUCUCACGAAACAUGACAGUUGGUGAAUAGUUUAGAAUGUCUUCUUCCAUGAUUUGCUAAGUUCUUUGAUACCAAAAAGAAUAAUAAAAAAUAUUUCAUAGCAGUCAUAUUUUAUUAAAAUUCAUUUUAAAGUAUAAUGUAUAUCUGAGUAAGAGAAUUUUUAACGAAAUAAAUUGCAAGAAGUCUUUUAGCUGUUAUACAGUAUAUAGAAGAAGACAUUCAAAACAAUGCACCAACUGUCAUGGUUCGUUGGACACCCUGUAUCUUAAAAUUAUAUUUUGUAAAUAUUAAUAUUAUAUAGAAUUAUCCGCAAAGUAUGAGACUUCAGAGGAAUUUAUUCAAUGGUUCCGUGCAUUUUUUCAAAUCAUCAAGUUUACCCGUAAAAGGUGAUAUCCAAUCCAUAAGUUCAAAUUCAACCUUCAGCUUGUCAUAUUUACAGAGAUCCAGGGUGUCACAAACGUCUUAUUCUUUGUGGGUAACCCUGUAAUUAGCUGAUCAAUUAGCUUGAUAAACCUGCAUUGGUGCCAUAUAAAUGUUGUUAUGUAUUAUACAGAUUGAUAGAAAACGUGUGAUUAAUUUUAUAUCAGCAAAAUUAUUUAAAUAAAGAUUGUUUUUCUUAUU